AUGAUAAAUGUGAGACAUACUCUAUUAGGUUUACUCAGUAUAAUAGCUGUGUGCCUUGUCAGCUGCCAAAACGACAAUGUUUCGGGAAAGAACAUUCCAGAAAAGGAGAAAGAUAAAGUGGAACUUGCCGCAUUCAACUUUAGUGUGUUGGAAGCGAAGAGAACUGUUUGUGCCAGGCAAGAAGAAAAUGUUUGGCUUCACUGCGUUCCCGAAUGGAUAUCGCGUGAGGUGGAGAACAAUUUGCAGUCCCAAAUUAUCGAAGGAUUUUGGAAAUCCGAAACUGGGCACAAACUUCCGGGACCGUUAGAGCCGAGAAGAUUUCAAAUAGAUAAGAGAUACAGAUUGCUGAUACUUGACGCCAAAUCAAUAGACACCGGUACGUACACGUGCACAAUAAUUCUGAAGUCUAAAAAACUUAAAACGUCGACUGUUAGGCUGACAGUUUAUGAGUUGCCAAUGUUUGGAAUGGAAUUCCCACUAGUUUUUCGUUUGAAUGGUUCGUGUACCAAACAUAAACGACUCGUUGAGGCAUCUUUGAAUGAAAUGCAGGGGCUUCUGUGUGGCUUCAGAGAACGACUUGAUGCCGCUCAACCAGUGUGUCAGUUCAAUGUGCACGAUGUCGCCUGCAGAAGAGUUACGCUGCACACCAUGAUUGAGAACAAUGAACCGGAAGUCUUCCUGGAGAUAACCGUUAGGAAACUACCUCACCCCAAAUUUAAAUCACCAAGAUGCUCUGAAGAGUGCAUGAAAAAUUAUUUUUCACUGCAUAUAAAUUCAAAUCUGGAGCAAAUGAUAAAGCAAUUAUUAACGAUGCGGCAGUACUUCCACGUGUGCCCCAGAGGAUUUAGAUUGCGGAAAAACUGUCGCAACAGAGGUUCCAUCUGCCUGCCAUGUAGUCCGGGAACAUUCUCUGAAAAUGGAUUAAUAAAUUAUUGCAACAAAUGUCCUGUCGAUACCUACCAAUCAUUCUACGGCUCAAAGUCUUGUAUGCCGUGCGACUCAAGCCAAGGGACAGGAACAAAGAAAGGCUCCAUCCAGGCCGAAGACUGCCGAACUCAUCAGUCCUACCCAAAAUACUCGGUAACACUCACAUACUCGUUGGUGCUGCUGACCAUUGCGAGCUCACUCGCAUUGUUUGGUAUUACGGUAGCAAUGUUGGAAGGCUGGUGUCCAAUGAACAUGGGCAAAAGAUUAAUAAAUGAGAUGGAAAGAAGGAAAUCAAGGAAGCAAGCUCAAUUCAUCGCGAAGUUGAGGGAGAAAGCUCAUAAACGGUUAAUAAUAAAUAAAAGUAAAUCGGAUGAGUCCAAAUCUAAAGAAGUUCUUCAAAAAGCGGAAGAAAUAAGCAGAGGAAGCUUCAAAGAUUCAAAAACCUUUACUACCAGAGCACCAACACCCGCUAAAAAUAUCAAUACAUCAACAACUUUAGCGACGUAA